AUGGAAGUAAAUACAUCGGUACUAAGCAAUGCUGAUGGAUCAGCUGAACUAACCAUGAAUGGAACAAAAUGCUUGGUAUCAGUUUCAGGACCAAUAGAGCCAAAAGUGCGUCAAGAACUACCCACGCAAGCGAGCCUAGAAAUAAUAGUACGUCCUUCCCUGGGACUUUCGACCACUAGGGAAAAACUACUCGAGGAUAAAUUGCGUUCUUUACUCCAGUCACUCAUAAUAAGGUACAAGUAUCCUCGACAAUUGAUUCAAAUUGUGAUUCAGUUCUUGGUGGUUGAUGAACAACCAGAAUAUACAUGCAACGAAUUGAACGCGGCAAUAAACGGAUGCUAUUUUGCCUUGAUUGAUGCUGACAUGGCAUUGUACCUGAGCUUUGCAUCGACAAGUGUUUGCAUCAAUCUGGGCAAUUUAAUUUAUGACCCGACCGGAGAUAUCAUUGCCACUAGCGAUUCUCAUCAUGUGAUUUGUUUCAGCAUAGAAGAGGGUAAGGUUGGUAAGUUGUUACUUUUGGAAAGUGCGGGAGAGUUCACCGAGUCUCAAUUGUUUGACUUGAUUGCCAAAAGUGCGACCACGGUGGAGGUGUUACACAAGCAACAGCGGGAAGCUAUUGAAACGAAGAUAAAAAAAGAUUACAUAUGGAGGGGGGAAUGA